CGUUGGGGCGCCUCGCCUGCCAUCGUCCCGCUGUGGCGAGUUGUGCGCGUCUGGUAGCGGCGGGGGCUCUGCGCUGCCCCGUCUCCCUCCCCCCUACCCCGCUUGUCUACAGGCAAGGUCGGGAGUGCAGUCGUUAUUUUUCCCUCGAGGGCUUUUCAUGGGGGAUAGGCAAUGGGGCACGUUUCUGCCGGCUGUGGGCGGCUGGCUCGUUGGGGUGCACUGAGCGCCAGCCCCGCCUGGGCAAUCACGGGCACUGCUCCGGACACGGUGCCUGCGGAGCACCCAGUGCGCCGAAAAAUUUCGCGUCCGAGAAGCUCAAACUCAUCAUAAACCGAGGGGGUUCUUCAUCGUUCUCUGCCUGCCCUUUGCUAAGAUGCAAGUAUGGACAUUAUAGCCUAUGAUGAUUACUCCAGUCUACCGCUCCAGAGAUAUUGAAAGGAAACCUGAAUACCUCCAGCCAGAGAAGUGUGUUCCACCUCCUAGCCGCAGUUCCCUGGGAACGAUGUGGUUUAUUCGAGAUGGCUGUGGUAUUGCGUGUGCUGUUGUUACCUGGAUGCUGGUGUUCUAUGCCGACUUUGUAGUCCUUCUUGUCAUGUUAGUUCCAUCAAGAGAUUAUGUGUAUAGUGUGAUCAAUGGCACACUGUUCAACACCUUGGCUUUCCUCGCUUUGGCUUCACAUUUUCGUGCUAUGCUGACAGAUCCAGGUGCUGUACCCAAAGGUAAUGCCACAAAGGAGUUCAUUGAGAGUUUACAGUUAAAGCCAGGGCAGGUGGUUUAUAAGUGCCCAAAAUGCUGUAGCAUCAAGCCGGACAGAGCACAUCACUGCAGUGUUUGCAAGAGGUGUAUUCGGAAAAUGGACCAUCACUGCCCGUGGGUCAAUAACUGUGUAGGAGAGAAUAACCAGAAGUACUUUGUACUGUUUACAAUGUAUAUAGCACUGAUUUCCCUGCAUGCUCUAAUCAUGGUGGGAUUUCACUUCUUGUAUUGCUUUGAAGAAGACUGGACAAAAUGCAGCUCAUUCUCUCCACCAACUACAGUGAUUCUUCUUAUCCUCUUAUGUUUUGAGGCUCUCCUAUUCCUCAUCUUCACCUCAGUAAUGUUUGGGACUCAAGUACACUCCAUCUGCACUGAUGAAACGGGAAUAGAACAGUUGAAAAAGGAAGAGAGAAGAUGGGCUAAAAAAACAAAAUGGAUGAACAUGAAAGCAGUAUUUGGCCAUCCGUUCUCUAUAGCAUGGCUUAGCCCAUUCGCAACACCAGACCAAGGAAAAGCAGACCCGUACCAGUAUGUGGUCUGAGGAAUUCUUGACCAGCAUUUCCACUAAAAUAGAAAUAUAUUACAGCACUACUGUUAUAAAUUUUCCAUGAAUGUUUAAAACAUAAAGCAAAACAAACUUUUUUUUUUUAUGUCUGUUAAAUGGCUGAUAAUUGCAGAGAGAAAAAAAAGCCCUGUAUUCCACAACUUUAGAUAAUUCUGUAUCUCUGGCUGAAACUGCUGCUGCUUCUUUUGCUUUCCUUUGCUUUUUUUUUUCUUUCUCUUUUUUCUUUUUUUCUCUCUCUCUUUUUUUUUAACUUGUUAACUUUUACUGGCCUUUGUUUUUAUCUGCUUUCUGUAUGGCAUAACUAAUGUGAAGGGGAUCCUCUUUCUCUGCUGUGACCCACCUCUUCAGAGUCUGUUCUCAUGUUGUCUCCUAAUGGUGAGGAGCUCCGUGGAAGACAAAUGAGUGCCAAGUCCUACACAGACACCUUUGGACUUCCUGAAGGAGCACGUUGCUCUUUCAUAAAUGAACUUGAACUGAGAAAUGGACACUUCACUGACCGAAAGGUGCAAGACAAGAGUGCGACACAGCAGGAGAGCCAAUUGACCUGGUGAUCACGUACAGUUAAAGUAUUUAAAACAAAUGUUGCCAACACCACUUUUUCCAUCCACUCCCCCACCCCACCCUGGCGUUUUUCCUUCCACCCUUUCCUUCCAGCCACAGAACUGAUUUCAUAUUUAUGGCAUUAUUUUGUCUGUUCCCUCCCUUGUGUGCAGAAAAUUGUUGCCCUCCUUGGGUAACUGUGGCAAAUUUAGAAGACCUUCUGGAUUUUAAAUGCCUUACACUUACAGGAAAAAAAAAGAAAUCUAGUUUUCAAGUGUUUAGGAUAGCAGGAAUGUCUGUUUUGUGUGUUUGUCUUGGUAAAUGAGUUGUUAGAGCAAUGCCUGAUGAUAAUUCUUAAUGUGAAAAACUGAUAUGAGUGACCAGAGGCAGACAGAAUGAAAUAAAAUCUAAUAUUGAUGGGGUGGGUAGGUAUACCAGAGUGAGGGACUCUAUUCCUAGCAGUGCCCUGGUUUAGAGCUUUGUAAAUCUUUUCUCUUCUUUAUGCAUACAUGUGUUAUGUGUAUAAAUACACACAUACAUGUAUGAACUCUGAAUUGGGAAAUAUUGAUGGUAUGGAGCAUGUGUGCUGUCACGAACUGUGUGGAUAAUACGGUGUGCGCUGUUGAAAGCGGGAGGGACAGAAGGCAUUCCAAAAACCAGUACAGUUUAACCAGUCAUGACUACAGCUGAUAUCUUGUGUUCAGGCAGGAAUUUUGUUCUGUUUUUGCAUCAUGACUCCCGUGGGCUCACCAAAUGGUCGUAAACAAAGGGAAAAUAUAAAUCCACUGUGUCCACGAGUCCCAAGGAAUCUUUUAUUUCCUUGGUUUAAGAUAAAAUCUUAUUUUUGGAAAAUGACCUGUUUAGACUUACUCAAAGCCAUGGGGGAAGGGAGGCAAAUCGGGGAAGGAGAAAUUAAUGGAUGUCUCACUUUGGAAGUAAUGUGAAUGCUGCAUCUUUUCAAUCUGUCAAUGCUUCCAUAUGGAAAACAAAUGCAAUAAAACUUUUCCAAAAAAAAUGUUUUGCUGUUCUUAUUUUCUUCCUUUAAACAUUGGCAAAAUGUGUAGUGGUGCUCUGAACUUUCAUUUUCAUAUGCAAGCUGGCAGAAGCAUAUGAAGGUGAACUAGCUUAGUGCUCAACUUUUAAGUUUAAAAAUGGUUAAUCAGUAAUGUACUGAUCUGUUAAUCAGCAAUGUUACUUCACCUCUGGGAAGAGGCUGCAGUAAUCGCAUCAGCUGUGUAAAUGUGUCUGCCACAGCCAAUAUUCUCCUGCUUGCUCUGGGUUAGAUUUGCAAGAGUGUUGUCGCCUCUCUGCUCUAGCACUGUACUUAGAUUCAC